UGGGCGCUCAGAGGCAACUCCAAGCAUUUCAGGCACCAUUCACCGGCUGCAAUCUUUGGCAGAACCUUACUGAGGGAACCCGCUUAACUUGGCAGUAUUUUCUCGGAAGAUUGCACGCAGUAGAAAAUCCGCAUUUCCUUCUUCCAUUAAGCGCUCCAAAGUGUAAACUAGAGAAAGUGAUCUUCCCAGGUCCGGAUCGAGCAGUUGAGGGAUAUUCUGGUCUUACUUGGCGGAAUAACGUUGCUGAUCUCCCUGCACACAGCCGCAGCAGACAGGCUGGAUAGUUGGAAGGAACUCCUGGAACUUGGCCCCAGCUGGGAAUAAAGUAGCGUUAUUAGUGAGCAGAGAGUUGAACUCAGUGUGAGGUUUUGAAAAAUCUUAACUGGAGACAUGGAUCAAUCUGGUCUGGUAGGAAAAGGCCACUGAGCUUCCACAGGUGUGGGUCCCAGGUCGGUCCCUGUCAUGAAUUGGCUUGGAGGUGACUCAUGACGUGGUGAUAUUCAGAGGGAUGUGUUUAUAACCUGAGCAUCUGGGAGGUCAAGAGGUAACAUACCUCUGUAAAGCAUCACUGGAAACAAAUGCUCGACUGCCAUGCCUCCUGGGACAGUGUGUUAUCUUUCAGCAUUAAUGGUCCAAGCGUUGUGGUGCCUCCUACUAAUGGCAAUUAGCUGGCCUUUCAUUUCGUCGUCCAGAGGUGUCGCACAAGCGUCAGAGUCUUCCCACUCUGACCUUUAUCCAACUUUUAUACGGAACAACACAGUAUUUGAGCACCUUGCCCUGCAUCCUGACCCCGGUGUAGGUUGGGUCUACAUUGGGGCCCGAGAUAGGCUGUUCCAGUUAAAUUCAUUUCUCCAGCUUAGGCUCCAGGAUGAUACUGGACCUGUCACAGACAACCCAGAGUGCUUGCCCCCUGUGACAGAGACCAACUGCCCUCAAGCAAGGGAAACUAGCAACCACAACAAGCUUCUGUUGGUCGACCCUUACUCUAUGGAACUUAUUACUUGUGGCAGUAUCAACCAAGGAAUCUGCCAGAAGCGUAACCUGACAUCAAUUAAUGUAGUGCUUUUUUCAACAGAGAAGCCAGUGGAAACUCAGUACGUUGCGGCUAACCACCCAAACGUUAGUACUGUUGGGCUUGUAGUUCGCCCUCAUCCUUACAGACAGCCAGUACUGUUUGUGGGGCGGGGUUAUACCAGCAGCCAUCCACCUAUUUCCACACGUAACCUUGCCCAGGAGCCCAUCUUUUCCUAUGAGGAGACUGCGAAGUUGGCUGUUGCCGGCCGUCUAUCAGAAUAUGAUCAUCACUUUGUAGCCUCGUUUGCCCACCGGCACCAUGUUUACUUCUUCUUCUAUAGGAGGGACCUGAAGUCACAGUCACGAGAGUACCGCACAUACAUCUCACGCGUAUGUUUGGAUGACCAGGCAUAUUACUCAUAUGUUGAAGUCCCACUGACCUGUCGCUCCAGGGCAGGUAAAAUUUAUAACCUCCUGCAAGCUGUACAGCUUGGGUUCUCAAAGGAUGGUGUUAAGAGUCAAGAUUCAGAGAUCCUUCUCGGAGUCUUCUCCACCCAUUUGACCUCAUCAUCUCGGCCAAGUGAGGACUCUGCUCUGUGCAUAUUUAACCUUGAAGAUGUGGACCGCAGGAUAAACUCAACUAGAGACCUGUGCUAUACACAAAUGGGUAGAGAAGCAGGAACGGAGGCUGCCUACAUCGAAUAUGAAGUCAAGUCUAACUGUGCCAAUCUUCCAGAGAACACCCUGGAUGCCUACCCUUGUGGAUCGGACCACACUCCCAGUCCCAUGGCUAGCCGGAUCCCUGUGCUAGUAGAGACAAUACUGGACAGCCCAUCUGCUCGGCUUACUGCUGUGGCUGUGAGCGUGAGGGCAGGACACACCAUUGCCUUCCUUGGAGACUCCAAAGGGAAAAUCCACAAGGUCUUCUUGGGGCCAAAUGGUGAGGUGGAGGAAUAUUCUGUGAUCUCCAUCCAGAAGAACGUGCCUAUCAGCUCAGACCUAAUUCUGGACGAGAAGGAGGAGCAUCUGUUCAUCAUGACCCGUAACAUGCUGCAGAAGAGGCCUGUGGCUGAAUGCCAGCAGCACCCAGACUGCCACUCCUGUCUGCUUGCCCAUGACCCGUACUGUGGCUGGUGUGUCCUGGAGGGAAGGUGUGUGCUGGAAUCUCAAUGCAGUCGUGGAAGCCAACAGGGUCAAUGGCUGUGGAGCUUCGACAUUGAGCAGCAGUGUUUGAGCGUUCAGGAACUGAACCCCUUGAACAUCAGCAGGGAGGAGCGCAAGAUGGUGUCCCUGUCCAUUCCAGGACUUCCGAUGUUGGAAAAGGGCGAGUCCUAUUCCUGCUUCUUCCAGGACAGCCACAGUCCUGCCACCAUCACUGAAACUGGAGUCACAUGCCAGUCUCCAGACUCCAGUAGAAUACCUAUGGUGACUCCUGGACAGGAUUUUGUCACUCUCACCUUGUCUGUUCGAUUUGGAGACGUCAUGGUCACAGCGAGGGAUUUCACCUUUUACAACUGUAUGGCAGUUAAGCAGCAGUCUGGGAGCACUCCCUGCCGUGGAUGUGUGCUGAGCAAAUGGGGCUGUAACUGGUGCGUUCACCAGCAUGCCUGUACCCACAAGCCCACGUGUGAGGAGGGAGUGAUCAUUUACAACCAACAUUUUAAACUCCCCACAUCUCCUCCUCCCAUCACCAAAACUAUAAAAGUCAUAUCAACAUCUGCUACCACAGCAACUGCUGCAACAACACUCACCAUGACAACCUCCACAACUUUCACAACAUCAUCAACAAUUAAAGCCACUACAGCAAGCCCUGUUCCUGUCACCAUAGUAACCAGUGGGGAGCUAGCCAACUCACCCCCACACACCACAGCUGCCAGGCCUCAACCCACCUGGCCCCAUGCUGUGCUCCCUCAGCCUUCCAGCACAGCUCCACCCCCUGACCUUUCCAGCAGGAGUGAAAGUUACAUUGCACCCGGGGGGCUCGUCAUUGUCACUCAAAAUAAGUCUGAAGAAGUUGCAGUGACGCCGAGUGUUGCCAUGGCCGCAGCAGCAGAGUUGACACCCAUCACUGGGGCUGAUGGUCUUAGUGGAGAUCAGGAGCCUGUGAUGCCUCUGAUCAUCUCAGAUGCCUCCACCCUGACAGUAGUGACAGAGUCACCAUCAAGUGACAUCCAGGAAGUGGAGGAGACUCCCACAGAGCCUCCCAUGCUGGCUUCACCUGACGCUCCCCUGCCCCCACCUAUAUCUGUUGGAGAAACAGCUGUCACUGAGCCUUCUCUUAACCUGGAACGGACUCAGAUUCCCUCUCUUAGCAAACCAGGAGGCCCCGGCACUGACCCCAACCUGGGCAUUACGUCAAAGGAAGUAGACACACUGCCUGAAGGUGCUGCAUUGGCAGAAGAGGACACAACUACACGUUCAGCUCCUACAGUGCUCUCAGGUGAUGGGGAAGACCAUGACCCCCCAUCAUAUGCACACCUCAGGGAAACAGACUCAGAUCCUGAGCUGGAUUACCAGUAUGACUCAGCUGAUGCCUUCCUACCGGGUGAUGAGGGUCCCUACAUCAGCUGGGGGUCUUCAGCAUGUCCCUGUGUGGAGAAGGUCCAGGGAUCGUCCCUGCUGCCUGUCCAAGUGGAGAGGAAGAUCACGUUACUGGCACACAACCUCCACCUCUAUCAGGAUAUAGACUUGGACUAUGAGUGUGUGCUGGUUAUUGAGGGCCAGACCGUGGUGGUGGACGCCUUUGUGGAACCGGAUGAUAUGAAUCCAUCUAACUUUUACAUCACCUGCCAGCUACACAAGUACACGUACUUGGCUCCGGAGGAAGAAUACAACGCCAUGGUGUAUGUGAAGAGGAGGAACACGUUUCAUGUGGACAGUUCUCCUAAUCUCUACGUGACCCUGUACAACUGCUCUGUGGGGCGGUCAGACUGCAGUCGCUGCCACACAGCUGACCAGAAGUAUGGCUGUGUGUGGUGCAGUGGUCCCAUCGCCAAAUGCUUGUAUUCAGACUCCUGCAGUGAACAGGUCCAACAGACAUGCCCCGCUCCUGUCAUUCACUGGAUUGAGCCACUCUCUGGCCUGCUGGAGGGAGGCACCUUAGUGACUAUUUCAGGGUCCAAUCUGGGCCAGAAGGCUGAAGACAUCCUCCACUCUGUGACAGUAGCUGGGGUGCCGUGUGUUGUCAUCCCAGACCUAUAUGAGGUCUCCUCCAGGAUUGUGUGUAGGACCCAAAGCAGCAGUGGAGAGAAGGAGGGCCCUGUGUCUGUGAAAGUCAGUGGGGGAGACCUGCGCAGUUCCACUCAGGCUUUCAGCUACCAGGACCCAUUUGUUAUGGCCGUCUCACCUGAGAGAGGUCCAAAGGCAGGAGGAACAACUCUGACAAUCAGCGGACGAAAGCUUCUGACAGGCCUUCCCUCUGACCUCACCAUCACUGUGGGAAGGGUCCCCUGUAAAAUAGUGUCGGAGGUGCAGAGCUCCAGUGUUCAGUGUGUAACAGGCACCAGUGGUGAAGCAGGAAGUUACCAGGUUACACUACGUUAUGGCAGCAUCCUGCGUCACCUCCACACUCCUCUCUACAGCUACACCCACAACCCCAACAUCACCCAUGCCGGGCCAGCCAAGAGCUUCCUGGAUGGUGGCCGACUGAUCAAUGUAUCUGGCCACAACCUGGACGUGGUGCAGAAGCCACAGAUGGUAGUGAACGUCUUCCCGCAGAAGUCCACAAGUCCAAACAGGAGGAAGAGGGGAAGAAGAAGAACAGCAGGGCAGGGGGAGGAAUGGGAGUGGACACUCAGGAAGCUGCCUGGGAAGCUUCCUGACCCAGUCUGUUGUAGAGAGCCAUUUUGCCCCAUUACACAGUUCCUAGAGCUGUGUGAGGUGAACAACUCCUCCCUGAUACUGUGCCGCUCUCCCAUGGUGAACUCCUCCAUUUUGGAUUCAAAGAUCACUGUACAGUUUCUGCUAGACAGUCUGUGCUUUGACUUCAGCAGUUUGAGCUCUCAGGCCUUCAGCUACGAACCCAACCCAGUCCUGAAGCCUCUGAACCAACAGGACCCUCUGAAGGCGUACCGCUACAACCCUGGCAGCUUCAUCCAACUCGAGGGGGACAACCUGGACCUGGCCAUCACCAAAGAAGAAGUGGUCGUCCUUAUAGGAGAGGGCGUGUGUGCUGUGAAGACCCUGACCAAAAACCAUCUGUACUGUGAGCCACCAUCUCAGCAGCCAAACUGCAGGAAAUGUGAGGGCUCUGACAACCUACCAGAAUUCAUGGUCCAAAUGGGCCACCUGAAUUUCUCUCUUGGCAAGGUUCAGUAUGACAACCUCAGCUCACCCACCUUUCCACUGGAGGCCCAAAUUGGAGUUGGCGUCGGAGCAUCCAUAGUUGCCCUGAUUGUCCUCAUUAUUGUGCUCAUUUACAGGAGGAAGAGUAAGCAGGCUCUCAGGGAUUACAAGAAGGUCCAGAUCCAACUGGAGAACCUUGAGACCAGCGUGAGGGACCGAUGCAAGAAGGAGUUUACAGACCUGAUGACGGAGAUGAUGGACAUGUCCAGCGACCUGGUGGGCUCAGGCAUCCCCUUCCUCGACUACCGGAUGUAUGCGGAGCGGAUUUUUUUUCCCGGCCACCGGGAGUCCCCGCUGAGGCGCGGUCUGGACAUGCAGGAGUGUCGGCGGCAGACGGUGGAACAGGGCCUGGUUCAACUAUCCAACCUCUUAAACAGUAAACUCUUCCUCACCAAGUUUAUUCACACUCUGGAGAGCCAGCGGACAUUCUCUCCAAGAGACAGAGCCUACGUGGCCUCCCUGCUGACAGUGGCUCUUCAUGGCAAGCUGGAGUAUUUCACAGACAUCCUCAAGACUCUGCUGAAUGAUCUGGUGGAGCAGUACGUGGCCAAGAAUCCCAAACUCAUGCUGCGAAGAACAGAGACUGUGGUGGAGAAGCUGCUGACCAACUGGAUGUCCAUUUGUCUCUACACAUUUCUCAGGGACUCUGCCAGCGAGUCUCUGUACAUGCUGUUCAAGGCCAUAAAACACCAGGUAGAUAAAGGACCGGUGGAUGCUGUAACACGGAAGGCCAAGUACACUCUGAAUGAUAACCGUCUGCUGCGAGAGGACGUGGAGUACAAGACGCUGACGCUGAAUGUGUUGGUGCAGAGUGGAGGAGUGAACGAGACCCAACCCCUGCCCUCAAAAGUGCUGGACUGUGAUACCAUCACCCAGGUGAAAGAGAAGCUCCUGGAUCAGGUGUACAAGAGCACCUCCUUCUCCCAUCGGCCCCACGCCGACUCACUGGAUCUGGAAUGGAGGUCUGGUGUUGCCGGCCAUCUCAUCCUGUCAGACGAGGACCUGACUUCUGUGGUGCAGGGCAACUGGAAGCGCCUCAACACUCUGCAGCAUUACAAGGUCCCCGAUGGUGCAACAGUAGCACUGGUGCCGCGACAUACCAAAAACAUUCACCAUGACAACCAUGAUUACAUCGCUGGAGAGAGUGAGUUCCUUUGCAAAAAUCAGUCAGUGGCUUAUUUCUCCUGUUCAGAGACUCCAAUGCUGGAGGAUGCAGAUGAGGGUGGCAUGAAGCUAUGGCAUCUGGUGAAGGCCAGCGAGGAGCCUGAGCUUCCUAAACACCGCAGAGGAAGCUUGAGGGACAGGGAGAGGGCCAAAGCCAUUCCUGAGAUCUACCUCACCCGCCUGCUCUCCAUGAAGGGGACAUUGCAGAAGUUUGUGGACGAUCUGUUCACAGUGAUCCUCAGCACCAGCCGUCCUGUCCCGCUAGCUGUCAAAUAUUUCUUUGAUCUGCUGGAUGACCAGGCAGGACAUCACAACAUCACCGACCCAGAGACCAUCCACAUUUGGAAGACCAACAGCCUCCCUUUGCGUUUCUGGAUCAACAUCAUCAAGAACCCCCAGUUCAUCUUUGACGUCCAGGUGUCGGACCAUGUGGACGCCGUUCUGUCUGUCAUUGCUCAGACCUUCAUGGACUCCUGCACCCUUGCUGACCACAAACUAGGGCGGGAUUCUCCCAUCAACAAGCUGCUGUAUGCCAGAGACAUUCCCCGCUACAAACAGAUGGUGGAAAGGUACUACGCUGACAUCAGGCAGACUAUUUCAGCCAGUGACCAGGAGAUGAACUCAGCCCUGGCUGAGCUGUCUAGGAACUACUCUGGAGAGCUCAACUACCUGGUUGCACUGCACGAGCUCUACAAAUACAUCAACAAGUACUACGACCAGAUCAUUACAGCUCUGGAGGAGGACACGACAGCCCAGAAGAUGCAGCUGGGAUACCGACUGCAGCAAAUUGCAGCAGCAGUGGAAAACAAAGUCACUGACUUGUGACAGAGGAGACUUCGACCCAUGUGAUGGUGUUGAUGUUCUCUGCAAUUGUCUUCCCUCCAGGCGCUUUGGUAAAAUAACGUAGACAGUCUCAGACCCUGAGUCUUGUGUAGAAAUAGGACGAACGACAGACAAUAGAAGAAACCUGAACAAAUACAAGCAGGAAUGAUCCGCGUUUACUGAAGGAUCCUGAAGAACAGAGCUGUUUUUAUUUUUCUUUCAGCCGAGAUCAAGCCUUUAAAAAGACAACGUGAGCUGAUCUAAAAACAGAUUACAUAGGGAUUUGUUAUUUUCUUUUCUCCAGAGUCAAUUUAAGGAAAUAAUGCCUCUUAUUCUUUUGUUCUUGUUACUGCUGUAUGUUGAGUUAUUUCUCUGUGUGCUUGUGUCUUGGGGCAUAUUUUCCUGUUAAUAACUGUCUCAUUCCUAAUUUUAUGGUACGAAGUGCUGGAAGCAACACAUUGGAUCUUUGAACAACCGGUACUUUAUUUUGAAAAACAUGAAAACUGACCUUAAGUUAGUCAAAGACCAAAGUGUUGGUCUAAAGCCUCAUAAAACAAACAUCAGAGUAGAAAAGGUUGCCACCGCCUCUACCUCAGCCUACUGUGCUGCAUCAGUGAUGUUCUAACACACUGAAAACAGCUUUAUACUUUUCAGCUGCUUCCAUCCACUAGUACAGCAGCACAGCCCAGGUGUGCCCUCAGAACCAGCUACACACACACACACACACACACACACACACACACACACACACACACACGUCAGGCGUUUUCUUUAAGCUGUUUUGUAGAAGCAUUUUAAGUGAAACCCAAUGUUUUUUUUCCUCUUUGUUUUUUUUUAUACCAGUUCAUAUUUUUUGUUUUAAGUUGUGGCUCACCUUGUUUGACUGAAUUGUCUCAACCUGAAGUAGUGGUACUCCAUAAAUCAUGUCUGUGUGCAUUUCCUGUAUUGAACCAAGAGUGGCACUUUUUCAUACCCUGACAGUUCAUAUGUUCAAGAUUUUUUUAAUUUCAGUAGGUGUCAUAUUUUCUUUACACUGAGUUUGAUAGUUUUCUUAGUGAGAGGCUGGAAUGACAGAUGCUGUACAGGCUAUUCAUUACAGUAUUUAUUUUAAAAAGAUGCCAGCUUCUCUGCUAAUGUUGUCCCAACUGGGUUAAAAAGACCCAGCUUUUUAAUGGCUGACACGUUCCAAAAGAAACCAAAAUCAAAGAGAAUGGACAUUUAUUUUAUGAGCUGCCUUAUUCGUCUCAGUGCAGAGUGUUGCUGUGUAUCAUGUCUGAUCUCAUCAGAAUGCAGCCUAGAGGCCUGUAGUUCCCAGACUCUUCUGUUGUUCACUGUUCAGAUGGACUGAAGCUCACCGGUACCAGUCGGAUGGAGAACUAACUGUUAGAUUGUACACAUUUGGCGAUGUAGAGCAGGCUCUGCAAGGAGCAGUUUUAAUGUUUCACAUUUUAUGUUGCUGUUGUUGUACAUACUGAUUUUAAAUGUAACCAUAGGGAUUUAACCUGUUAAUUAAAAUAAAAUGCAAAUGUUCACAGAUGUAAUAAAGUAUUCCUAAAAAAA